AUGGAUGAAACUUCAGCUUCUGGUGAUGCUUCCAUGGAAGAGCAUCACAUUGUGAAGGCAGACGAGGUGGACCAAACGGGGUCAGACAUCGUCCCUGUUCCAGAUGAGGAGAUGAUGGAAGAAGUUGCGGAGGGUAUUCGACAGGAGCAAGCUGCUCAGAACUCGAUUGCUCCAACAAGCGAGCCACCAGCUCAGGUACAUGCAGCAAAUGUGCCGUUGUCUAGACGGCCUGAAAUGCACCGGAAUACUUCAGCCCCUCCGCCUCCACGUCAACCUCCACCACCAGCUCCGGUUCAGCACAAUGUUGAACCACAAACCGAUUCUCUCAGCCUUGCUCAGCUGAAACAGUUCGUUCAAGACAUGCCGAAAGUUGAACAGCCUGCUUAUGCGUUUGAGUAUGCGGACUCUCAGCCGUUCGCGGAAGAGGUCGAGGAGUGGUUCCAGUACAGCGAGUUCGAUAGAGCCAUGCUUCUUGGAAUGAAGACUUCUUUUGAACGGACGUGGGCCUCGUUUUGCCAGAGUCAGCCUUCUCUCUCUUUCCGUACGUCUUGGCUUGAGGCUCCUGAAGCAAUGCAGAAGUUGUUCUUGACCGAGGUGCUUGAUAAUCUGCAGGACAGUGAAAUCAUGAUUCGAGUUGAGUCUUUGGAGUCUGUGUGCUACGUUGUUACUGGAGUGUGGGGUACCACUGCUGGGAGGAGCACAUCAGACUACUCUGAGAGUUCUUCCCCAAGUGCGGAGAGUGCGAAGUCCAAAUCUAUGCAGAUUCAAUGGAUAGAGAAUAACACAAAACUCGUUCAUGAGUGCUCAGGACUGCCAUCGCUCUAUGGGUGCUUGCUACGGAGCUUUGAGAAGUCUCGCGUUUCAGCCUCCUCCGACUCAAAUGCAGCACCAGAGAACGCUAACCCAACGCUUCUCGCGGCGGCGGAACGAGAGGCAAAUCUGGUUCUGACUGCCGUUUACCUUAUGGUUGAAGCUGCGCGCAAGCAAGAAGCCCAAGAACCCAAGCACACCCCAUUAAAGGAUGCAAUCAUGGCGCUCGAGCCCGACCUGAUGGUGUUCCUAAUUGAAAUCAUCGCUCGGCUACGAUGGGAUGACUCUUCCAAUGUUCCCCUUACGCGAGUCAUCCUCUUGUUCUGGAAGUGUGUACUUCUCUUCUUUGGAGGUAGUGACACUCUGAAGCAGGCCAAGGAAGCACUGGAGCCUGCCUUCGACGGUGGGAAGAAUGAUCCCACGAGAAGGACACCCUUUCUUACUGCGUCUCCACUCGAUUAUCACAAUUUUCGGCAGGAAAUCACUUCCAAGUAUCCUGCCUACAAUCCACCUCCGCCUGUGAUCCCACUUGAACUAGAGAAUAACUCAAUACUCCCUCCUCUACCCCAACAUCCGAGCAGGUCAUACUCCUCCAACGGUCUCUUUUCUGGGGUCGGGCCCUCUGUAGCUGGUGGCAAUGGCUCCAUCCUACACCAGUCGGUUCAUAUUGCAACCCCAGCGCCAUCUCCUCCGCCAUCCCCUAUUGGCCCUGGCGGAAAGGCAGGAAAGAAGCAAAAUUACCAAACAAACCAAAAUUUCCCUUUCAUGUAUCCACCUUUGGAUAAUUCCAGCAAUAAUCUUGGAGGCAAGGGCUCUACGGAAAUGCAGGAUGUGCUCGUGGGGAAGAAGUGGGAUGGCAGCGAUGUCCCUGCAUCAGUUAUUGAGGCUGGGAAACUUUUCUCAACCCAUGUUAAAAUGACCAGGGCGAUGCGACAACUUUGGGAAGAGCGUGAGCAAUUCAUGAAAUACGACCGCGGUUGGCACGCCGAAGGCGGUCCUGCUACCAGCGGCGGAGAUCUCGGGGACGAGAUCGCAGACGACCUGGAAGACUUUUCGUUAGACGAGAAGGAAAAGCCCAAGGAUGAUUCUGCGAGGGAAAAGCAACCCGAUAACGAAGGAAUCCAAAGACGUCUAGAUGCCGUUGAGGUUUUCUACACACAAGCACUUGUACACCUGCAGUCGGUGGUCAUCGUCUUCUUGAAGAUCGUUUUGACGAACGUAAGCGCUCUAGUCAACAAUCAGGCCAACGGACAAAAUGGCGGUUCUGGAAGCGAGAGCUUCAGUGCAGUUAAUGGAGCUACUGUCGGAUUCAACACCGAGGCAGAAGAUUUGAAUUGCGAUGCUACAAUUGAUGAGCUCGACAAUAUCCGCGUACGUGAGAUCACAGGGAAAGCGAUCUCUGGUUCCCUCCUUCUCUUGCUUAAGUGGUUCAAGAGAUCUCACGUCUUAAAAUUUGAGUAUAUGACGCAGCUCUUACUCGACUCAAAUUAUCUCCCUUUGAUCCUAAAGAUGUUCGCACACCAGGAGAUCGACCAAGCGGUUGCGCAACGGACGGAUCGCGACGAACUAGGCUUCUUUCACUUCUGUCACUUGCAUUCAGAACAGCCGCCAGACAUUCCUGGCUCGGAACAGGACAGUGACGACGAUGCGGUUCCCCCUCCCAUUGCUAGACACAGACCAGAGCCAGCGCGUGCAGAUAGUGUCGACGAAACAGGACAAGGCUUGAUUAGUGGUCUCCAUCGGCCAGAGGUCGACGAGCUAGGAUACCCUACAGGGCCGCCACCAAGUGAACCCAUCACUUCCUUCUCUUUCCGGAAUUUCUUCUCAGCCAUCAACUACCUUCACAUCAUGCAAAAAAUCACCCGCGACAAGGCGCAUCGCUGUCUGCUUCUUGUCCAGUACAAGUCUAGUACCAUCCUCCGCAAAGGACUCAAGAUCCCCGACCCCAAUCUCCGUUUCUACACCCUCAAACUCUUCAAAUCACAGGUCCCAUAUUGCGGCCGCAAAUGGCGCCAGGGUAAUAUGCGUGUAAUCACAGCGAUAUACCUCUACUGCCGCCCCGAGCUUCGGGACGAUUGGCUGGCUGGGUCGGAUAUUGAUGCCGAGGUUGAAGAGGCCUUGCCGCUCGAACAAGCCCUCCGUGGUCUUACACACUGGUGGCAUCUAAGGCGGUACAAGCAUGUUAUGGGUGGCGAAGAAGGCUCAACCAUCAUGGACGAAGAGCGGGAUUUCUUCGUGCGCGAGCUUGAAGCCAUGGGGUGGGGCUAUGCUGGGGACGACCUGUUGAAUGGGAUGGCCGAUGAGGCCGAGCUGGCUGCGGGACCGCUGGCGAAUGGGACGGAGUGGGAUGGCAUGCUUCAAAUGGAGGGAGCAUAG